AUGCUAUUGGGUGCUCCGGUGAGUUGGGGCAGCAAGAAACAGCCAAGUGUGUCACUAUCUACAAGCGAAGCGGAGUACAUCGCGCUCAGCCUGGCGAUCCAAGAAGGCAAGUGGAUCAAUCGCUUGCUGUGCGAAAUCAUGGCGGCUGCAAACGAAGAAGGACCCGAGUUCGUCAUCCGUGAAGACAACCAGUCGUGCAUCAAGAUGACGAAGAAUCCGGUCAACCACGGCCGCGCUAAACACAUCGACAUCAAGUACCAUCACAUCCGUGAUGAAGUCAAGCGCGGCGAAGUGAAGCUUGAAUACUGCGAGACGACGUUGAUGUUGGCGGACAUCAUGACGAAGGGACUUCACGGACCGCGUCACAAGGACUUGACGGCGGCGCUUGGCAUCCGUGCGUGUUCGGAUUGA